AUGAAGACGAAGCUGCUUUGGAAUACUCUUGCCCUUUGGGCUUCUGCCAGCACUGUUGUGAAUGCGGAGGAUGACUAUGACGACUUUGGACUCUCGGAUUCUAGUGAAGAUGAUGAUUCGGCCGUCGUGAAGCUCACUGAGGCUGACUUUUUCGAAAAGACCGUCAACAAACGCGUCUUUCUCAAGUUUUACGACCCCAUGUGA